AACGAACAUCAACCCACCCCUCACCAUAAUACACACUCUACAUCCGCAAAAUCCUUGCAUAAAUUACUCGUUUUGAAUAAUUGAAUCAUCAAAAUGUCCUGCAUCCUCGAUCUACCACGAGAGCUGCGCGACGAGAUUUACAGAUGCUAUCUUGCACAAGAUGGGGGUUAUGUUUACAACGCCCGCACACGGAAACUACGCACGGCCGAUGGGCUUAUUGAUCUGGCGUGGAUGAGGACUUGCAAGCAGGUUGCCCAAGAGAUGAGGCCGUUGCUGUUUGAAGUCAAUGCUGUUACGUUCAAGACCGAGUGGAUCGACCGCGAGACGAGUGAGAGAGCCGAACGUUUCGGAAAUGAACUCGUUUCCCUGCACCAUCAAUCCGCCUCCCAUUUGUACAACCUUCGUAAAUCCAUCACCAACUAUAUGGCUUACCAAGCUACAAGUGCUUUUCCAAAGUCAAGUAUCAUGCUUCCUGCUAUCCGCGACCCACAUCCCACCGGCGUACAAACAGAUUACCAUAGACACUUCGAGCACCAUUUCAGAGACUUACAAAACUGGAGAAUAUGGAGACAGGCCCCUUCUACGCAACGUAAUUUCGUAAAAUCACUGCUGCUAUUGAAGAAGCCUAGACGGACGUGGUGGGACUUUUGGAGCCCGGACCAGUUGCUAGGACAAACAGAUAGUCGUCCUGAUUUUACAUCACAAGUCGAACAGAUCCCCGACCCAUGGAUUAUCCCUGGUGAGGGUCUGGUUGUGUUUUUGGAGGAGUUAAACAGUACCUGGUCAGGGGUAAAGACAAAGACGACCGGGAUACGAUCCCGCUGGGCAUCUCACAUUAAACACUACUUCUCAGCAGCUGCGCUUGCUAUACAAUUCUUUGGAAGCAUUGACAGGGACCUUCUUUCCAGAAUUCGUCACAUCAUCGUAGAUGAGGCCCAUGCGAGCGUGGCCUAUCCGCAAUGCCAUGUACUCGGCUUAAUCCCCAUUCUGCAGAAGAAUCCUCGACUCUCCAUCGAACGAAGGGUCGAUAUUUGGAAUACUGUCACCACUGGUAGACACGGCGAGGAUCAUGUUUCGAGAUUUGCGUACUGCACCGACGAAAAGCUCGAGAAGCUUGCUAAGGACACUGAAGACGCUGAAGACGAUGAGGACGAUGAAGACAAGGCAGUGAUAACUCGCGACCUUAUCUCCGUAUCGUUCUCCCAAUGGUUCGAAGAAGCAGCCGCCCUUUCUUCAGCCGGCAUACCAUCCGACCGCUUCUCAUUGAUCUUCCACCAAUCCCCCAAUACCGAGGCCGUGCUGCCGAUAUUCGAGACCGUUGUCCGCGAUGCUGCGUGGCAGAGUGCAUUGGAACGAGCACUUGUCGUUACACCACCGAAAAACCCGAUGAGUCUCCCAGGCACGAUUUGCUGGUUUUCUGAGUCGUUCGCUCGGGUUGUGCGCGACAUACAGCAACGUAAAGGGUUUGUUCACUUUGACAUAUGA